UGCGUGCUCCGGCUGGCCCCGCCCACACGUCGUCUCCCCGGUGACGUCUCCGGCAGAAUGUCGCCAAUAGGCUUCAGUUGUAGAAAUGGCAGCGCUGAGACAGGAGCAUCGGUAUGGGCUCUCCUGUGGCAAAAUCAACAAAAACAACCCCAAUCAAACUCUGUACCACGUCAAACUCACUGACACUGCCAUCCGGACCCUCGAAUCCUACCAGAACCUGAAGGCAUCACUAUCAAAUCAGCCAGCGAUUUGCUUCAAGGGGAGCCAGGGGUACGUCAAGAUCCCUGCACCGACUCCUGAGUCUCCAGAUGGAUUCAGAGUCUUCUCGUUUUACCUGUCCAGUGACAGCAAAGACAAGCCUCAGUCCAGCUUCGACUGCAUUCACCAGUAUGUCUCGGGGGAGGGCAGGGAUCACCUGGAGGGCCAAGGCAGCAUUCAGGACAAAAUCACAGUUUGUGCCACAGACGACUCCUACCAGACGACCCGGGAGCGCAUGUCUCAGGUGGAGAAGGACAUCUGGAGCCGCUCAGCAAUUGAGAUCAAGCCGGGGCCAAGCAAGUGUGUGAAGGUCCAGAGGAAGCAGGGUCUGGUAUCAGGCUCAGAUAGCAGCAACAAGCACUCCCCCAGCAACAAGAGGAGCCUGGUUCCCAGUCCUGUGGCACAUCGGCCCUUGAGGGAUCGCAUCAUUCAUCUCCUGGCCUUAAAGCCCUACAAGAAACCUGAGCUGAUACUGUGGCUGGAGAGGGAGCGGGCCACUCCGAAGGACAAGGCUGACUUGACCUCAGUGCUGGAUGAGGUUGGUAAACUGAACCCUAAAGACCACAGCUACUCACUGAAGGAUGAGCUCUACAGACACGUCCAGAGAGACUGGCCCGGAUAUGUAGAGGAGGAGAAGCAGCUCAUUCACAGGCUUCUGAUCAGGAAGCUGCAGCCACUCCACAGUAGCCAGCUGAAGAGUCCCCAGUCCAACCAUUCAUUCCACAAAACUCCUGGGGACUCUCCCUCACGUCUCAGCCCUGCCAAGAAUCUCUCAGUGAAACGCCCACUGGCCUUGGACCCAUCCAACAUUCAAACCCCUAAAAAGCAAAAGCUAGUAGACCAGUGUCUGCCUCUGCAGUCACCCUCUCACACAGACUACGGCACCAACGGUGUUCGUAGCUCCUCUAGUCAUGGAAACUCCGGUGUACAGAUUAAAACGGAGUUCGACAAAACCAGCAAUCAUCUUCAUAGGAGCCUUAAUGGUCUGUACUCGCCACACAAACUCACUGGGUCAUCGACUAUUCCCAAACUGGAGAGGACAGCGCCGACUCCUCCUCCGCCCAGCCCCAAGCCUUCACACAACAACGCCUCCAUUUUCACCGACCAGCAGUUCACCAACGGCCAGCAUAAAAAGAAAAGGUCCAAAAAACACAAAGACAAGGAGCGAGAGCGUUUAAAACCAGACUGGAUAGAGACCAGUCCAGACAUGAAGCAGAAUCAAGAAAAUCUCAAAGGCCACGAGGGAGGGAAAACACCUGUUAAUCGAACCACAGCAGAGGAACUGCCUGACUACCUAAUAAAAUACAGCACCAUAACAGCACUGGAGCAGCGUCAGCAGUAUAAUGACGACUUCUGUGCCGAGUACGAUGAAUACAGAGCUCUUCAUGACCGGAUUGGGGCUAUCACAGAGAUGUUUGUUCAGUUGGGCUCAAAGAUCAACACUCUCUCCCCGGGAACACAAGAGUACAAGCUUAUGGAGGACCAAAUACUACAGAAGUAUCGAAAAUAUAAGAAAAAGUUUCCUGGGUACAGGGAAGAGAAGAAGCGAUGCGAAUACCUCCAUAAGAAACUGUCGCAUAUCAAAGGCCUGAUCACAGAUUAUGACCGAGCACAGGAACUCUCCUAGUGACUGGCCUCUGCCCUCAGCAGGGUGGAAUACAACUGGACCAAAAGACUCGUAAUGGACCAAAAGACUGCCCAGCUGGGUCCUAGUCGCUGAGACACUAUUCACUUUACUCCUCGGAGUGUUAAUGGAAUCGAGGAGCGAGGCUGAGACCACCGACUCGUGAUCAAAUGUUACCCUUUAACACUACGGUUUUCAGCUACGAUUAUGGCUGUAAUGGCUGGAUUCUGUUCUGCUGUAAAAUGGUCAGAUGACGCAGUGAAAGCCGACAGAUGUGAUCCUUCCUGCCUAAUUGCAUUUUUAUGAUAUCCUUUACCUUGUCAGAGUAAAAGUGUUGAUUUUUAAGUAUUAAAGUGAUGGUACAAUCAAUCUUAGGGGUAAACAAAUGCUACUAAAGUCUUUAUAUUUAAACACAGAGAAAUUUUCUUUAUUUGCUUUUUGCUGACAGAAAGUCAAAUGAUGACAUAACAUAUUCAAUCACAUCAAUUAUUCAGAAGUUAUAAGAAGAACACAUAUGGACAGUAUGUGGCUGUGCCAUGAUCAGUAUGUCUCUUUUCAGAGUGGAUGCUAACUCUUCGCAAAAUUUGUCAUCCAUACAAAACGUAUUUUCCUGCAGGACUUAGAGCCUCAUAUCUGACCUCUUUCAAAAUUUCAAAAUGUGCUACUUUUUGUUUUCACUCAGAGUUUAUGAUCAGGAUCAGUAUCUUCAGAAUUUUAUCGCGUAGCUUUCAACAAAUGUCCUGCUUCAUUUCUGAGAAAUGUUCAAAUGCCACAGAAGGACUCCUGGCAGUACUGUAACUCUGGUUUCAAGACAGUGCUCGCUAGUGUCAAUUUCACCCACAUGUAGCCUAAAGAACCAUGAACUGCCUUUUUAUUAUGUCAUAAAAAAAAAAGAAAAAAGAAGCAUUAUCGUCUCACGCAUCUCUCAAGUCUUUUGGUUACAGGUUUCCGGAUAAUACCACAUACAGUACUCACGCUGUGUUUAUGCUGUAGAUGAUUAACUACAAACUGCUCUGUGAUAGAAAGCUUUUCGAUUUCCAUUCAGUUUAAAGAGCUUACAGGGUAUUUAUCUUGGUAAUCAAACUUGUCAGUACAUUUUUAUCCGCUAUGAUUUGACUUCGCGUAAAGUCUUGAUGAUGUUUAAUGUGGGAUUUCAGUUAAACAACAAUAAUUCACUUCAGUGUGUGUUACAUUUGGAUGUUAUUCUGCUGAAUGUGAUAGAGAUGCCUUUAACAAACCCCACGAGGGGGGAGAGUGUGGUGAGGACGGCACUGUGGGCUGCUCAUUCAGUUCAAACCACUUUGGUUCGGUUGGGUGGACGGAGCGGCCUGACCUCUAGGGGCUGCCGGCGGGGCUUUUAGACUCAUUAGAGACCUUCUUGAAUUAUCCGCACCGAAAGUAGGUGCAUCUGAUUAACCACAACCUGUAAUUUUGUUUCAUCUUAAUUAGCCGUGGCCUGACGUAGGAGUUAGUGAUCAGAUUUCAAUGUUCUCUGGACAUUUGCAUCAAUGUAGCUGUAUUCACAACUGUUGUCUUAAUGAUGGCUUAAAUUGAGAGAAUGAAGCUAAUAUUUGUUUUGCCUUGACAUGUACUGUAUGUCAAACAUUUCCAUGAUUCUGGUACCUCUGUUUAUGAAAUGUUCUUGGCUUAACCUGCACAGUUCAGUGUUCUCAGAUCUGUAAAUGUCUCUUAGUUUGAAGGAAAGUGUAGUUACUGGAUAGUCGUGUUGUUCUUGUUUUUUUUUCCCAUUUGUGUCUCUUUUUUUUUUUUUGCUUCAUUUGUUGUCUCAUUAUCUGUCAGAUAAUCAUGAACUGUACAGGAAUUUAAUUCACUGUCCGAUCCUAUCAAGCACCUCUAUCGAAAGAAAGCAUCUUUGCAGAAAUAUUUACGAAUCAACGUGCUUUGCUCCUCUUGAUUUUCUCGGUGCAAAUAGUCAGUGGUUUUGUUGUCACAUAUUUAGCAGCUCUUUUUUUUUUUGCAAUCAAAUCAACAUUUUACAUUCAGUACUCUGGUAUGUUUGAAGGAUUGGAGACUAGCAACCGUCACUCUUGUCUCUUGGCACAUAUGAAAGGAAUAUUUAUCGGCACUGAGUAUUGGAACGUUCAUAAUUGUGAGCCCAGGAAGUGUUUUACCGGUUUAGAGUGUUAAAUAUUACCAAAGCUAAAGAAAAAAGCUUGGGUACAUUUACAGAAGUGUUUUAAUAUGUCUGCCUGUUUUGUCUCAGGACCUCUUAUUCUUAUUAUUCUACAGUCAGUAUGCAUGCUAAGUGCUCAUUCAUAUAUAUCGAACUGAUAAAAGCAUCAGAUUCUUCAAAAUGUCUAGAAACACCUGUGUGUUUUACUAUGGUACUGGCAAUAAAUAGUGCAAGGUUCGACCUGCUUAGACAUAUAAAUGUAUUUGUACUUAAUUUAUUUUCAUUUAAACCAGAGAGGUACUGAAACAUUUCAACUAUGAUGACAAGAUGUACCAAAAUUUAAACCAUAACACAACUUAAUUCAGAUUAUGGGCUUCCCAUUUACCACUUAAUACUGACUCAAUUAUAUAACGUGACCCAAUAAAACAGUAUCAUGGUUGACACUCCCUGGGCUACAUAUCAGUCUAACCACAAUAUGAUAAAGAGAAUUGUGCCAUUUGUGUCGACAUGUUUUUGGGAUACCACACCCUGGAUAAAAGGGGCUUUUCAAGUGCUAACUGUCACCUUUCUUUUUUUAUUUUUACUGUUGCAGGAGCGAACUACUGAAGGUGCCUUCUCAUUCAGAAAGCAGAGUGAUUCUGCAUGUAACCAUUAUUGGUAUUCUGGAAAAAAAAAAAGAAGAAAAAACACUUGGGCCAGCAGUCUUUACACAUCUGUAGUUUAACACUGUUGCCACUUUUCAAAGUGCUUUGCUCAUCGUUUCUCGUUCAUCUCAGAUGCCUUGUAAAAAGCAUAAACUGUAUUGGCACUGACUUCUAUUUAAUUUGAUCAAUUUCCAGCUAUGAAAAAUUGGCCUCGUAAAAACGACAGGCUUUCCAGAAAACUAGAAUUCACUUAUUAUUUGCUUACAUGUGUAUUUAAAAUAAUGGCCUGGAUUUUGUUUUAAUUUCGACUUCAAGCCGAGGAAACUGUUCCCACAUAUUUCAUCUAGGUUGGUUUGUUGGUACUAAAAAGAAAACAACUCCUUCUCAACGGAAAUGUGAAAUCAAACAUUUGUUCCUACUUUAAAAUCACUGCAUUUGAUCUACCUAGAAGAACAAAUUUCUUUAUUUAUUGCUUUGUACGUUUGUUCUUUUAUGGGAUUCAUCUUUGCAUAGUUUGUUCAUUCUUUUCACAGCAAAACUCAAAGUAUGGUGAAAGGGAAAUGGAAUAUAUUUUUGCAAUUUUUGACGGUGGAUGCUUUAUCACGUCAUCCUCUCAAGAAAAGCUUUGGAAAAAAGAAAAAAAAAAAAAAAGUGUAUUGUUGUCUCAGUGAAAUUGAAAAAUAAAGCUCUUUUCAAUUCA